AUGACAUCUCGAAUAUCAUAUCCACUGCAAGGCCGGCGCGCAAAGGGCUCUUCAGUACGCAUACGUACAGGAAGCAGAACCCAUGUCGCGUGUGUAAACUGCAAAGACCGCAAAGUCAGGUGUGAUGGGCAAGUCCCAGCAUGUGGUAAUUGCCAGCGUCGGGAUCUUGCCUGCGUCAUUGAAGACCCUUCGACAAAGCAACAUCAGCCUCGACAUUACCUGAAGCAAUUAGAGCAGCGGGUCAUUACAUUAGAGAAGCAGCUGCAAGAAGCCAAGUCGGGCCCAGCGUGGGCGUCAGUGCCUGAACGCGAGCCUACCGCUUUCUGGGAUGCCGAAUUUGAGCAGUCCGAAUGCGACGACCUGUCGUCCAUGAUUGGAACCUUGAGCCUCAAUGCUGCAGGCUCUGAGCCGACCUACCUUGGGUCCUCAUCAGCUUACGCCUUCACACGCUUCUUGAAGCCGUCUCUCCGCCCCGCCAUCGAAUCGGUAACGUUGUGCAAGACGACGAAUGACGAGAGUCGCGAAGUACAAGCGCCUGAGCCUUGCGCGUUGCCGGAUCAUGGUACUGCCAUCAAGCUGAGCAAUACUUAUUUCAACAACAUUCAUCCCCAGUACCCUUUCCUACUAGAGAAGACUUUCAGAGAAUGGGAGGAUGCUCUUGCCGAUCCGUUCCAGACCAUCUUUGACCCUGUGCCACUUUUCUUCCUCAACAUGGUUUACGCCAUUGGAGCCACACUGCUACCCAAUACCGGUUACUCGUCGGAGCAGCUUUAUGCCUCGGCAAUGCUGUUUAUCGAUGACAUUCUGUUGUACGACAACCUCAAGUCUAUCCAAGCAAUGUUGUGUUGCGCGGCGUAUUCGCUCAGAUCUCCGACAGGAGCAUCACAAUGGAAACUAGGAGGUCAAGCACUACGCCAGUGCAUCAACCUUGGCUACCACCGGGAUCAAAAGAGACUCAAGUCAACCCAACUCCAAUUCCAGCAGGAGAUGCAGAAAAGGGCUUUUUGGAGCGCAUACGUAAUGGAGUGCGCUGCGUCAGUCGUGUUGGGGCGACCCCUGAGUCUACAUUUCCAAGAAAUCGACGUAGAGGCAAGCAGUCAUCUCCCUCUCGAUAUUGACGAGUCCCGACUCACACCCAUGGGGAUAGUCGGGGCAUCUCCUUCUUCGCUACCAAGCCCUCCAGGGAUAAUGUCUUAUUCCAACCACGGCUUUCGCAUCCGGAUCUUGCUUGGACGCAUCCAGACAGCGCUCUAUUCGGACUGCACCCUCACCAGUGCCGAGAAAUACGCAAGAGUAGGGGAACUGUCUGCAGCCCUCGAGGAAUGGUGGGCUGAGACGCCGCCUCCAAGGGUGCUUCCCGAAGGAGGCGCUCUCUCCUUCUUCAUGACGCCAGAUUUCUUCAACGUGAGCUACAAUUACGCUAUACUGCAGUUAUAUCGGGUGCACAUUGCCGACAGGAAAAACAUGGCGCCCGACGAGGUUUUCCUCAAAUGUCUGCAUGCUGCCAGAAAUAUAUGCCAGGGUUUCCGCCGUCAGUUCUUUGGCAAGCCAACAGCUUAUACCUGGAGCGCCGUCCACGAGCUUUUCCUUGCGGGAUUGACCUACAUCUAUUGCCUGUGGACAUCGCCUGCUUGUCGAAACGCAUCUCGCUAUGAUCAGGUGAGCAGCAUGUGUACAGACUGCACAGUCGUGCUCGUAAUCGUGGCCGAGCGUUGGUCUAACACAGCACCCUUCCGAGACACCUUCGAGGUUCUGUUCAACCGAACCAUGACCAUGAUGGCAGACAUUCAGCAAGGCAAACAAAGUGAGCCUGCUCUACUGUCUACAGAUCAAGGAGCUUACCCACUAGAUCUGCCGCAGUGGAUCGCAGGGAUUUCCACGACGGGUUCCUCAAUGACUGGCGCGGACUGGCUGUUGAGCGAGUUGGUGGAGGACUUUCUUGCGGCUAGUGACCCUAAUGUCGGUGAUAUGGCCGAGAUACCUUUAAUGUAG